AUGGCAGAACUGGAGUCAAUUGCACAGCUUCUAGAUCAGUCACUUGAGGCUUCUACUGCGAAAAGCGCGGAAGCUAACCUUAAGGCAGUAGAGAACCAACCGGGGUUUGUUUUGACGCUUAUGCAUGUUGUGGCAUCGCGCAACCUUCCAGCUGCCACACGGUUGGCGGGUUCUCUAUUCUUCAAAAACUUCGUCAAAAGAAAGUGGAUAGAUGAAAAUGGGGCCUAUUUGAUUCCGGAAGACGAUGUUGUGGCUGUUAAGAGAGAAAUUGUCCCGCUCAUGAUUGCGCUACCGGGCAACCUCCAGGUACAAAUUGGAGAAGCUAUUUCGGUGAUUGCAGACUCAGAUUUUCCUCAUAGAUGGCCCGACUUGCUUGACGAGUUGAUAGCGAGGUUGUCAACCGACGACUUCGUCACCAACCGAGGAGUGCUGACGGUGGCCCACUCGAUAUUUAAAAGAUGGCGUCCGCUCUUCAGAUCCGAUGACUUGUUUUUGGAGAUCAAAAUGGUUCUUGACAAGUUUGCUGCUCCAUUUAUGAGUUUACUUCAAAAUGUGGACGAACACAUUUCUAAUAGCGAUAAUGAUCCUGCGAAACUAACCUUGCUUUUCGAUGUUCUUUUGAUCUUAGUAAAGCUGUAUUACGACCUGAACUGUCAGGAUAUCCCCGAGUUCUUUGAGGACAACGUACAGAUAGGAAUGGGCAUAAUGCACAAGUACCUGGCUUACCAGAAUCUGGCCCUGGAGGAUGCUGAUGAAGAAGAUCAGCCCAGCAUAGUGACUAGAACAAAAUCUUGUAUUCAAGAAUUAGUUCAGCUUUACACUACUAGAUAUGACGAUGUUUUUGGCCCCAUGGUUAACGAAUUUAUACAAACCACCUGGGGUUUGCUAACUACGGUUUCCUUGCAGCCCAAGAACGAUGUGCUAAUUUCAAAAUCAUUUAAUUUCAUGACCGCUGUUACAAAGAUACCAAAGUAUUUCGAGGUUUUCAACAGCGAGGCUGCUUUGAACAACAUCACGGUACAAAUUAUACUGCCUAAUAUUACAUUGCGCGAGUCUGAUGAAGAACUUUUCGAAGAUGAUCCUAUAGAGUACAUUAGAAGAGAUUUGGAAGGAUCUGACUCCGAUACCAGGCGGAGGGGAUGUACGGACUUCUUGAAAGAACUCAAAGAAAAAAACGAAAGUCUUGUUAUUCCAAUUGUUCUCGCGCACAUCAAAGCUUUCUUUGCGGAAUAUGCGGCAGACCCCUCUGCUAAUUGGAAAUGCAAGGACUUAUGCAUCUACCUCUUUUCUACAUUAGCAAUACGCGGUACUAUCGGUAAUCCUGGCGUUUCGUCAACGAGCAAUCUCUUGGAUGUGGUUGAUUUUUUCACAAAGGAGAUCACGCCAGAUUUAAUGGGCCCUGCCGCACACCCUAUCCUGAAAGUCGACGCAAUCAAAUAUAUUUACACGUUUCGCAACCAAUUGAACAAAAGCCAACUCAUUGAAAUUCUGCCGGUUUUAGCGAACCUCUUACAGGCCGAUGAAUUCGUGGUUUAUACUUACGCUGCAAUUACUAUCGAGCGCAUUCUCUCCAUUAGAGAAUCAAAUUCAUCAUCAGACUUUAUUUUCAAAAAGGCAGAUUUAGCAGGAAGUUCCCAUGUUUUACUACAAAACUUGUUCAAUUUAAUAUUCAAACAAGGAAACUCGCCUGAAAAACUGGCGGAAAAUGAGUUCCUCAUGAAAACUGUCUACCGUGUUCUUUUGACCUCAGAAGAACUGACAGCACCUUUCGCUCAUGAAAUUGCUAAGCAGCUUCUCCACAUUAUCUCAAUUAUCUCGAAAAACCCUUCAAACCCCAGGUUCUCUCAUUAUUGCUUUGAAUCGCUCGGUGUUGUGGUAAAAUUCAACAAGCAAUCUAUGAGUGAAUUUAUGGAGAUGAUGAUGCCUCAGUUUUUGGAGAUUCUGUCGGAAGAUGUCCAAGAGUUUACGCCCUAUAGCAUUCAGAUUAUUGCAUAUUGUAUCGAGCAACUGCCAGCCGCAAGUUCACUGCCUCCUUCAGUUUCCCAAUUGUGUCAGCCAAUUCUCUCUCCAGCGGUCUGGGAACUUAAAGGAAACAUUCCCGCCCUCACCAGGCUUCUCAAAGACAUUUUGCGCGUAGAUCCAACCGCAUAUCCUGAUUUAGUCCCAGUCUUGGGGGUCUUCCAGCGCCUUAUAGCUUCUAAAACCUACGACGAAAAUGGCUUUGAGCUUUUGGAAUAUAUUGUGACUUACUUGCCCUUAGAUUCCAUCGUUCCGUAUGUGAAGCAAAUUGCAGUGCUUCUUUUGCAGCGGUUACAAAACUCCAGGACCGAAAAGUACGUUAAAAAGUUUGUUGUGUUUCUGAGUAUUGUUGCUUACAAGCGUGGAUCUGAUUUUGUGGUGGAUUUUAUCGACGGGGUUCAGGUUGGGCUUUUCCGCCAAAUUUGGUCCAAUUUUGUUAUUAACACUCUUCCAACUAUGGGUAACCUUUUGGACCGCAAGAUUGCAAUCAUUGGUAUUCUAGCAGUUUUGACUACUGGUACAAAAUUUUCUGCCAACUACUCGGAUCUUUUAGCUCCAUCAUUGGAAGUUCUAGUUGAGACAGCCACGUCUGAUAGCAUUGUCAACUUGAACAGCGACUACGUUGACCUUGAGAAUUUAGAAGAAAUAACAACCUUCGGGUCCAGCUUUAGUAGGCUGACAUCCAUAUCUGAAAAGAGUUUUGACCCUCUUCCCGAGGUCGAUCUCACUUCAGGCGUGCGCAGCUACGUGAGGGAAGCGCUUGCAGCUUUCAAUGAUAAAACCAACAAUGGGCUCGCAAGUUUGGCACCACAGCUUUCAGAGAGCGCCAAGAGUGCAUUGCAUAACCUGGGUUUCAACUAA